AUGAAGAGAAGCAGUCGGUUCGUGGCAAGCGAAUGUGAAGUGGCAGGUGUCCUGAAUUCGCAGAUUGACACUGAGAGAAGACUGGAGUGCUUGAGGGAGAAGCUGGCACUGAAGUCUGACUUCAAUCUACUACAGUUCUGGGGGCUUUUCGACACUGAAGGGAGGGGAUAUGCGACAGCUACGCACGUACAAGAUGCCUUCAAUGCUCUUGGGCUAAACAUUUCCCUCACGCAAGCACGUCUCUUUGCUGGUAAACUGAACAGUGAUUCGGAACCACGCUUGAGAUAUGCCGACAUGGCGAAGGCAUUUCUGCCUACGAAGGCAAGAUAUGCCGAAGCCAUGAUUAACCGUACAAGCAACGGGAGCCACAAGUGCCCAGCACCACUUACGCACUUGGCCCCUGAAACGCUCGAAAUCAUUGCCGCUAUCUUCGACCUCACUCUUGCGGGAAAGUCAGUCUACAUUUUUGCGACGCAGUCUGAAGAGCAAGCAGAGCUAUCGAGGCAUCGCCUCUGCUUGAAGGACCUGUCAGCUGCAUUUCGUGACUUUGACAAGAAUGGAGACGGGUACAUUACAGCUGCGGAGUUUUCAGCUUCUCUAAUGGCCCAUGGGUUUUGCCCCUCAGAGGCUGAACUCAAUGCGCUGGUUAACCGCUACGAUAAAAACGGUGACAGCAAAGUUUCUUACGCAGAGUUUGUCAACGAGAUUGGACGCACAAGAUGUCCGGUUGGUUGUUGCCGGUUGGUUUGCCUCUGUCACUAA